AUGGCUAAAUCUAACAUUCCAUUUUCCAAGGCUACACUAUUGUCCCUUGCCGUGCUACUAAGUGCUUCUGUCGCUGUCCCAUUAACCAAGAGAGGUCUAUUAACUUCUGCUAUCUCUGGUUUAAAGAAUGACAUUACCAACCUAGAAACAAAUGUUUCUAACUCCAUUACAACUUCCUGUUCCGGUUCUUCUAACCCACUAUGUUUAGGUGAAAAUGUUGUUGCUGCUGUUCUAUCAUCUCUAUUGGCCGUUGGUAAGCAAGCUUCAAGUGUCUCCAACACUGUUGGUUACUCUAACAGUACUGACUCUAGUGUUAUUGCUUCUGCUGCUUCCAGUAUCGUUGCUUCUGCAAACCAAAACGAUGUUGGCUCAGUUACUGCUACUGCUACCACUUCUACUAAUGCCGCUGCUACUUCUGCUCAUGUUAACAUCUUGAGUAAGGUUCUAGCUGAUGUCAAGGCUAUUCCAAGUGAAGUCAAGACAGUUCUAGACGAUGCUGGUUUAAAUUUACUUGGUGUCUACAACAUGUCUAGUGCUGCUACCAUUCUAAACAAGGUUGAAUCUGAUACCAAGGCUGCUAUUGCUAAGGUUCAUUCUGUUAACAAUGACAUCAAGAGUAAGGUUGAUGGCGUUGAAGACAAAAUUCACAGUGCUAUUGGCAAUGUUGAAGAUAGAAUUCACAGUGCUGCUGCCGAAGUCAAAGACAAGGCUGAAGACAUUAUCGACACUGCUAAGAGCUCUGUUGACACAAUUCUACAUUUCAACUCCUCUCUAGGUGAACAUUUAGUUACUUCCCUAGGUGACACCGAUUUAGCUGAAUUAUCUAAAUUAGUUGCUAGUGCCAUUCCAGGUAUUCCAAACUUCGCUAAUGCUACCAACAGUAUCGAAGAAGCUUUAAAUGUUGCCGACAAGGUUAAGACUGCUGCCGAAACUGUUAUCGAUGAUUUCCAAACUGCUAUCAGCACAGUUAAGAAUUUGACUUCCUCCUCUCCAUUAGAAGAUAUUGAAAACGCUGUUACUUUACUAAAAUCCGUCGCUUCCGGUGCUGGUGACAACCUAGAACAAGCUGCUCAAGAAGCUGGUUCUAAUGUUAUCUCAUGGAUUUCUUACAACAUCAAGAGCACCACAGGUGGUGAUAUUUCUGAUGUUAUUUCCCAAUUAUCUAACUUCAACAUGUCCAGUAUUGCUUCUGAAAUCACUGAUUUCAUUACUAACGAUGGUGGUUACAAAUUCUGUCUAAACCCAUCCACUCUAUUGGGUGAUCUAGCUGGAUCUUCCUCUGCUAUUACCACUAUUGGUGAAGUUUUCCUAAAUACCUACGGUUCUGUUGACUCUAUCUGUUUGUAG